AUGAGGCUCCUUACGUUUGCUGCCUUGGUUUCAUUCGGUAUCCAAGCCGUGGUGGGGUUGACUACCACAACCACAACAGUGGCCACGGAAGAACCUCCCUUAUGCGGCUUGAAAUGCAUUCAACAAGAAACAUUGAAGUCAACAUGCGAAGUCACCAAUGCCACCUGCAUAUGCACCAACGUCGAGCUGAACCAGAAGAUCUCACUCUGCGUCCAUGCAAACUGCACUCUCCGAGAGUCAUUGCGUAAGCCCCCUAUCGUGCAAAGCUACUCCAAGCAUACAUGUGGCGCUCCAUCAACAGAUCGAACUGCUCUAGUAUGGGUCAUAGGUGUUGUGUUUCUAGCCAUCGGGCUUUUGGGCUUUGGCCUUAGAGUAAUGGCUAGGCUGUGUCUUGGUACCCAGACCUGGGGGCCCGACGACUGGGUCAUGCUUCUCGCUGUGUGCAUGAUGAUUCCUCUGAACGCGUUAUCCAUCCCCAUUUCCCAAGUUGCUUUGGGCAAAGAUAUCUGGAAUGUCUCACCUGACGACAUCACACAGUUCCUUUACUUAUUCUACUGGGACGAACUGCUCUAUUUGGGAGCUCUACCGGUCACGAAGAUCUCCAUACUGCUUUUCUAUCUCAAAAUGUUUCCUCGCAAGGAAAUAAGAAUCGCAUGCUGGGUUUUGAUUGGGUUUAACAUAGCCUAUUUCAUAACUUUUGAGCUCAUCUCAAUUUUCCAAUGCAGCCCCAUCGACGGCGCUUGGAAGGCAUGGGAUAAAGAGUAUCCGGCUAAGUGCAACAACAUUAACGUCCAAGGCUGGGCAGCAGCGGCUUUCAACAUCGUUUUGGACAUCGCCACGCUUAUUCUGCCGCUCGGAGAGCUUUACAAGUUGUCCAUGUCCAUGAAAAAGAAGAUUCAAAUUAUGCUCAUGUUCAGUGUGGGAUUUUUUGUCACUCUCGUCAGUAUCGUCCGACUUCGCUCGUUGGCGAGCUACGCGACUACCAGCAACGUCACGCAGGAUUACGUCGAGGUCGGAUACUGGAGUACGAUUGAAGUUCCUGUUGGCAUUCUCUGCGCAUGCAUGCCUGCAAUUCGAUCCCUUUUCAGUCUGGUAUUCCCGAAAGUGUUCGGCACCACUCAAGGCAAAUCAAACUACGCCAACAUCUCAAGUCAACAGCAAAUGUCAGGUUCGCAGAAGCUGUCAUCAAAAGCCUCGUCAUUCCUAGCUAUCCGGGUCAAGAAGGAAUUCACCAUCAAGUCGAAACAUAAAGACGACGUAUCAAUUGUCGAACUUAACAGCAUACCGUACAGCGGCGAUCCUGUAUCAAGACCACCGUCGGAAAGGAAAGCAACAACACCCCACGAAUCGGUGUAA